GGUCUGCAUCUACUAGCACCCCUAGAGAAGGUUUCAAACCACCAUGUCGGGCUGGGGCGAGAGUGAUUGGUUACUUUGUUGCGUCGUACAGCUCUCCCCCGACCCCACAUCGUCGUCAAGAUGUCAGCCGCGAGAGCGCGGAGGCUUAUACUGUGAUCGAGUGUGUGUACGUGGGACAGUUAUGGUCGAAUUGCUACGAUGGAGUCGAUUACUGAGCCGCCGAUCGUGUUGCUUGGGGGUAUAAGUAGUACCUGGAAACCUUCCUAUUCUACAGAGGAAAAGAUUCCAAGAUAUCAGACUCAUCGGCUUUGAACCAUCAUCAAAUUCUUCUCCCCCUUUGAAAUUCUAUUCACCAAAAAUGGCCCAGGCUACUUCUACCCCAGAGGCUUCAGUCAAGGAGGCUCGCGUUGCAAACAUCGCAGUGGUCAGCUACGAGAAGCUGCUCGCAAAAGAUCCUGCGGAAGUCGCGAAGCUCUACGAAGCGUGUGCCCACUGGGGUUUCUUCUACCUCGACCUCGAUGGCGACCAGACAAAAGAGUAUCUCGACAAUGUCGGUGCUCUCUUUGGCGCCGCCAAGGAGUACUUUGCAAAGCCCCUGGAGGAGAAGCUGAAGGACACCAGAAAGGAGAUUCCUGUUUACAACAUCUGUGGAUAUAAGCCUAUGGGCAGUCUCGGGUUGGACGAAGGCAACAUGAAGCAGAAGAGAAACGGCUCCGAGAACCUACGGGUCCCACUGGAUCUAUUCUACAACCCGACUGCCCAGCCCAGCCUCCGUUUCCCAGAGGGGAUGAAGCAGCACGAGAAGGAGUUCACAAGCCACAUCAAACAAUCACGGGAAAUGGCCAUCCGGAUCCUGGAGAAUCUCUCGGACCACCUGGGUCUGCAGGGUGAACAAAGAUUCGAGGCGUACCACAAGGCCGACGAGAUAUCCACCUCGUCGGCCGUGUUGCAACACUACCCCCGGACGAAGCUCCCGGAGGGGACCAGCGCCGGACACUUCACCCACACCGACACGGGCAGCAUCACGGUGCUCUUCAACACCGAGUGGGGCCUGCAGGUGUUCUCGCCGGAGACGGAGGAGUGGGAGUACGUGCCGCCGCGCGACAAGUGCGCCAUUAUCAACGUCGGCGACUCGCUCAAGUUCAUCUCCAACUUCCGGCUCAAGUCGAGCCUGCACCGCGUCGUGCCGGCGAGCUCCCACUGGGUGUCCGAGUCCCGGUACGCCACCAUCUUCUUCCUGCGCGCCAGCAACACCGUCCGCUUCACCGACACCGAGGGCGUCAAUUGGACCGGCGGCGAGUGGCUGAAUGCCAAGUUCCAGAACUAUCGCCGCGCCCAUAGCGAGCAGGAGAAGAAUGCCAUCUCCACCGGGAAGGUGGGCUUUGCUGGGCUGUGGGAUGGAACCAAGGACGCCAUCGUUGCGUAGGGCUGUUGUUUUCACAGUCAGCUUCGAGAUUCCGACUUCAACGUCAGAACAGGAAGUCUUUCUGGAAGAAAAGCAUGGUGCUGGUGGAACUGAGCUUUCCAAGUAUUGCUAUAUUCCCUAUUUUAGUUCGUUGAAUCAAGCCUUAUGGCUAUUUUGUUGUCUCUUACGGGAUCGUGUUGGCAGUUCCGCGCUACCAGGUACCAAAAAGCAAAUCAGUAUUGAACUUACAGCCUAUUUCUGCCGUUCUGGUGCUUGACAGCACGACGCACUCAGUUUCGUUAGCAAGGGGUAUCACAAGGAACCGCUCCCUUCGCGGAAGGCUUAACUUGCUUUUAACCCGGACGAACCUCCCAGGGCUACAUCUGCGCCUGGAGUUUGUUUGCUUCGCCUUUCCAUAUCCUCCCUUGUCCUUGUCAUGGAGGGCAAACCGCUCCGCAUCCUCCCCCC